ACAGCAUGAUUGUAUUUUUUCUCCCUUCACUUCUCCUUUUACACAAAUAGACAUAGACUUCUGGGUUACAGGCUGUGCUGGCCACCUAAAAGAUAAUCAGUGAAUUCUACCUGAAGUGCCGAGGGACAUUGCCUUCAAAAGGGCAUACUAUCCCAGCAUGGGCAUGAGCAGCCUGAAACUGCUGAAAUAUGUUCUGUUUAUCUUUAACUUGCUUUUUUGGGUCUGUGGCUGUUGCAUUUUGGGCUUUGGGAUCCACCUCCUGGUCCAAAAUACCUAUGGAGUACUCUUCCAUAAUCUCCCCUUCCUGACACUUGGAAACGUUCUGGUCAUUGUGGGCUCCAUUAUCAUGGUAGUUGCCUUCUUGGGUUGCAUGGGCUCAAUCAAGGAGAAUAAGUGCCUGCUUAUGUCGUUCUUUGUUCUGCUGCUGAUUAUUCUCCUUGCUGAGGUGACUUUAGCCAUCCUGCUCUUUGUGUAUGAACAAAAGCUCAACACAUUAGUGGCUGAGGGUCUGAAUGACAGCAUUCAACAUUAUCACUCUGACAACAGCACCAUGAAGGCAUGGGACUUCAUCCAGUCACAACUGCAGUGUUGUGGUGUAAAUGGCACAAGUGAUUGGGCCAGUGGUCCACCAUCUUCCUGCCCAUCAGGUGCAGAUGUUCAGGGCUGUUAUAAUAAAGCAAAAUCAUGGUUUCACUCCAAUUUUUUGUAUAUUGGAAUCAUUACCAUCUGUGUAUGUGUGAUACAGGUGCUGGGGAUGUCCUUUGCACUGACAUUGAACUGCCAGAUUGAUAGAACUAGCCAGGCUUUAGGGCUGUGACUUGCACCUACCCCUGCUUAAGUGAUGCAUUUCUCUCUAGAAAGUCAAAACACCCAUUCCAUGAGGACUUAAGCAAUUACCUGCCUGACUGGCAUUUUGCCUUCCUUUUAUUCCUUCUUUGACUGGAUCUCUGUCUUAUACACAUCCAGGGAAGAGAAUAUUUGUUGUGGACUUCUCAUAUCAAGCAGAAGACUAACAUUAACCAUGUCCUUUAAAGAUGGUGAAACAUACCCGAGUGAUUUUUUUUUUUUAAGAGACACUGUAGCGCUAGUGGUUUGAGAUCCACUGGUAGCUGUUGGUGUGGAUAUAUCUCAGAGUACUGACCUAGCACAUGUGAGCCUGUGAGUUUAGCCCCAAAUACUAUAAAAGAGGUUCAAAGCCUCAAAAUCUUGCUACUUUUACUCUACAAAGUCACAUAAGAGACAAGCUGAAGAAAAAUUUGGAGUUCCAUUCAUUAGAUAAUUGACAUACCCAGUUCCCUUUUGAACACAGUCCUUAGUAAUAGGAAUCAUACAGAUAUCUUUUAUCUCUGGAAAAUAUUUAGAUUUUUUUUUGUUAAAAUGUCUUAUUGAUUUUGUUCUAUCCAUUAUCCAUCCAUCCAUCCAUCCAUAAAAGACUAAUUAUUCCUAUCCUAUUGUCAGCCAGUCUGGUAGCCUUGAAUUACAUUUCCAUAGAACAACCCACAUGUAUUAAUAUCUCCAGUGUGUUAACUGAUAAUCAUAUCCACAUUUAUGUUGUUAUUUCUCUAUUAAAUAAGGUUCUAUUAAUGUACCAUUUUAAUCUGUUAAUAAAUGAAAUAGUUUAUGAUCACUAUUCACCAAA